CGUAGCUGGAAAGCUAUCAUUGGUUCAACAUGAAAACUGUUUGUUGUACAAUAAAAAAAGAGUACACAUUUAAUUGGUUGUCGCUGAGUAUUUCCUAUAUAUCAGAUAUUUAAUUCCUGCACACUAGUUCACAGUCUAUCUUUUUCCUUCUAAUAUAUAAAAAAAAAAGAUAGACUGUGAACUAGUGCAGCCAGUGCAGGGAAAUAAAAUAUUAUUUUUUCAAACCAACCCUUAGGUUAUAAAUAAAUCUGAUACGGAUUUAAAAUUGGCAUAUGACUUGACAAAUGUCUGCGACUGGUAAAUAGAAAUUUGCUCUGUCACGUUGAAUAAGUUAUUUAAAAACGUAAAUAUCGAUGGCUUCAGCAAAAAUUGAAUUUGAAGUGCCUAUGACAUGUGAGAAAUGUGUGGAAUCAAUUUCAAAAAGUAUAGCGGAUCUGGAAGGUAUUCAAAAUAUUGACAUAUCAUUAGAACGUGGUACUGUUAUUGUUGAAACAAGUUUACCACACUCUAUUAUACAAGAGAGAAUUGAAGGAACUGGAAAGCAGGCAGUUUUGAAAGGAUAUGGAAGUGAAUCAAGUGCUGUGUCAAUGUUGGGUGGAAAUUCUGGAUACAGUAUAGGUAAUCUUGUCAAAGGAGUAAUCAGAUUUGUGCAAACUUCAGAAGGAUGUAUUAUAGAUGGUACUAUUGAUGGUUUGGCUCCAGGAGAGCAUGGUAUGCAUGUGCAUGAAUGUGGCGACAUAUCUAAAGGCUGUGAGAGUGUGGGUGAGCAUUUCAAUCCAAAUAAUUCUCCACACGGAGGUCCUGAAGAUGAACUGUCAAGAAGGCACAUUGGUGAUCUUGGUAAUAUCUCAGCGGACACUACAGGCAGAGCUAUUUUUCGAAAGAUAGACAAGUUUAUUACUGUGUCUGAUAUUAUUGGAAGAUCGCUUAUCAUUACUGAGGAUCCAGAUGAUCUUGGAAGAGGAAACAGUCCCGAAUCGAAAAUAAAUGGAAACAGCGGGACCAAAUUAGCAUGUGGUAUUAUAGCGAGAGCGUCUGGAUUAUACCAAAAUACUAAGAAAAUUUGUGCAUGUGAUGGUCUAACAAUAUGGGACGAAAGAGAUCGGGCUCGUGCACAUGCAAAUUUGUAACCAACACAGAGGCAGUAAUAUGUGAUUUGGUUUGAGAAAGAAUACAUUCCAUAAGAAAAUAUUAUAGAAAACUCGUCUCGGAAGUAUAGAGAAAGUUCCAACAUUAACAUUUUCACAAAAAUGUAUAUGAGAAAUAUGUACUAUAAAUAUUUUUUUUUUGUUUUUUAACUAUGGAAUUAAUUUUAUAUAGUAGUAAAAUGCAUAUUUUGUGAU